GGUUUAUAAAUAAAGCUACACGGAUAUUAUUAGUGGCUCAAUUGGUGCGUUUCAAUCCUCCCACUGCCUCGUUGUUUUCUAUGGGAGAUUUGAACUCGAAACUAGAAAUGGUGGAUAAAUCUCAAGCUCUUCCUGGUCGAAAUGAAUCUAUAUCAGUAUCUAAGAAACAUGUAGUGAAUAAAAACCCCACCUUACCACCAUUUCCCGAUGGCACGAAACAAGCUAUGUUUGGUAUGGGAUGUUUUUGGGGUGCUGAAAGAAAAUUUUGGCAACAAAAUGGUGUCUAUUCAACACAGGUGGGUUAUUCUGGAGGGUACACACCCAACCCGACCUAUAAAGAAGUUUGUACUGGUAAGACUGGACAUACAGAAGUUGUGAGAGUUGUUUACAACCCACAAACCAUUACAUAUCAUGAUCUCUUAAAGAUAUUCUGGGAAAACCAUAAUCCAACUCAAGGUCAUCGCCAAGGUAAUGACCAUGGGACACAGUACCGAUCAGCAGCGUAUUACUAUGAUGAGGAGCAGAAAGAGCAGGCACUGGCAUCGAAAAAGGUUUAUCAGGAACUUAUUAAUCAGAAAGGCUACCCACAAAUCACCACCGAGAUUAAACCAGCGGGAGAGUUUUAUUAUGCGGAAGAUUAUCACCAACAAUAUUUACAUAAAAACCCUGACGGAUAUUGUGGCCUGUCCGGCACUGGAGUUUCGUGUCCUGUUGGACUCUUCAAAAAGGACAAAAAGAAAAAUGAAUUGUGAUUAAAAUGUAGACUGUAG